GAGUACGUCGCCGCCCAAGCCGUUCUGGACGAACUACAUGGCAGGCCCGAAAGAGUCUCUCAAGCCAACCAAAGCGACUAUACCCUUGGGCGCAUCGGAGAACACAAUGUUGUCAUUGCUUCCUUGCCAUUUGGAGAGUACGGAACGGCUUCUGCAGCAACGGUUGCCACAGAUAUGUCGCACAACUUCCCCAACAUCAAGGUUCGUCUGAUGGUCGGCAUUGGAGGCGGUGCGCCCAGCAAAGAGCAUGAUAUCCGCUUGGGGGAUGUUGUGGUCAGCGCUCCUUGCAAUGGGCAUAGCGGUGUCGUGCAAUAUGACUUCGGCAAGACUGUCCAGGGUCAGCCUUUCCAGCCGACAAGACAUCUAGAUCAGCCACCAAUGCUUCUCAGAACCGCCAUGAGUGGCUUGGCGGCGCAAUACGAAUGCCGAGGCCAUGGCAUUGAAGAUGCUAUAUCCUGCGGCGAUAAAUCUCUGGUUGUGAGGCCACCACGGAACCCAUGCCAGAACCUCGUUAUCCAUUAUGGACUGAUUGCUUCCGCCAACCAGUUGAUGAAAGACGCGACAGUCCGCGAUCGUCUCUCCUCACAGGAAGAUAUACUGUGCUUCGAGAUGGAAGCGGGAGGCCUCAUGAAUCACUUUCCUUGCCUGGUGAUCCGAGGCAUAUGCGAUUAUUCCGACUCGCAUAAGAAUAAGGCGUGGCAGGGCUACGCUGCAAUGACGGCGGCGGCUUAUGCCAAGGAUCUCAUCAAGAGACUUCCCCCAUCCGAUUCCAGCGUUGUGCAGGGCACAAACAACAUGAACUUAUCCCACAGGCCCCAGAUCAUCCAGGACAUGCCACACACAGUCGGCAUCGAACAAAAACGCCAAUUACUAGAGUCGCUCCAAUUUGAUCAGAUUGACGCUCGUCAGAUGACCAUCAAGAAAGCUCAUGCCAAGACAUGCCAAUGGCUCCUGCGAAAGCCUGAAUACCUCGAUUGGCUGGAUCCGGCCAGAUUCCAAGAGCAUCACGGAUUCCUAUGGAUCAAAGGCAAACCAGGAACUGGAAAAUCGACGCUGAUGAAGUUCGCUCUUCAAAAUGCUCAGAGAAAGAGGGGAGGCAAGAUUAUCAUUAACUUCUUCUUCAAUGCGCGGGGGGGAGCCUUGGAAAAGUCUACGGUUGGAAUGUAUCGAUCACUUCUUUUACAACUUCUCGAAAGGAUACCGGCCCUCCAAGAUGCUGUUGAACUACCCAGAUCAAUAGCGCGAUCUGGUGAGGACCCCCACUGGAACACGGAGAUAUUGACUGAUCUGCUCGAACAAGCCAUUCAGAGGCUCGAAGGGUCCAAUGUUGUGUGCUUCAUCGAUGCAUUAGAUGAAUGCGAAGAAGAACAGGUUCGGGACAUGAUCAGGUUCUUCGAAAAUGUGGGCGAGGCCAUUACAGCUGGGACUUUCCGCGUCUGCUUCUCAAGCCGCCAUUACCCUCAUAUCACAAUCUCAAAAGGCCUGAGUCUGGUUCUCGAGGGUCAAGAAGGGCAUACCCAAGACAUCACCAGUUACAUCGACUGCGAACUCAAGAUUGGAAGGGAAGCUCUUGCGGCACAGCUUCGCACCGAACUUCGAGAAAAAGCAGGGGGGAUCUUCAUGUGGGUUGUCCUCGUUGUCGGUAUCUUGAACAAGGAAUACGACAGCGGAAGAGUCAACGACCUCCGGAAAAGAUUGCAAGAAAUCCCGGGAGAUCUGCAUGAGCUAUUUCGCGACAUCUUGACGCGCGAUAGUCAAAACGCCAAUCUCCUACUUCUUUGCGUUCAAUGGGUGCUUUUCGCGAAACAGCCUUUGAAGCCACAGCAGUUGUACUUUGCCCUACUUUCCGAUAAAAUAUAUCGGUGGAAUACCGAAGAAAUUACGCUCGCCGAUAUGGGAAGAUUUAUCUUGGAUUCGUCGAAAGGACUUGCUGAAAUCACCAAGUCCAAAACUCCAACGGUGCAGUUCAUUCACGAAUCAGUUAAAGACUAUCUACUCAAAGAAGAUGGGUUGAAGCAGAUUUGGCCUGAUCUCGGGGCUAAUUAUGUCGGGGAAAGCCACGACCGACUGAAACAAUGUUGUUUAAAUUCCAUGACUCUUGGCAAAGUGGCUUACUAUAGCAUCAUGGAUCUCGAACUCAAGGCUUCAUCUCAGGAAGCAAAAGCACAACGCGAAGCUGCGGAUGGCUUCUUUCCAUUCCUGCAAUAUGCUGUGAAAAACCUUUUGCACCAUGCAAACGAAGCACAAGCGGACAACAUCAAUCAAACCAAUUCUCUCAAGGCAUUUCGGCUCUCUGACUGGGUGAAGCUGGACAAUUUCUUUGCAAAGCAUGACUCAAGACGGCAUAGAGAUUCCGUCAGUAUUGCCUAUAUCCUGGCCGAAAAUAACGCGGCACAUCUGAUCAAAUCCGUUCCCGCCCGCUCGUUCGUCGUUGAGGAAAUAGAUCGAUAUGGAUCUCCGAUAUUUGCAGCGAUCGCUACAGAUAGCAGAGAAGCGGUUCGAGCAAUGCUUGAUGCCUACGUGGAGAUCGAGCCUUCAUUUCGUGGCGUUGUGCAGGAUUACUACCGCAAUGAGACCAAGCAGAACAGUAUUGGGCAGAUUAAUGCAAAGGACAAUAACGGCAGAUCGCCAUUGUCAUAUGCGUCCCAAAAUAUCAGGCAGGGUGGAGUUAGGCUAUUGCUUGAUAACGGUGCAGAGGUCGACGCAAGGGAUCAUCAAGGCAGAACCCCCUUAUCACACGCGGCGGAGGGGGGUCGGGACGAAAGUGUCGAUUUUUUGCUCGACAACGGCGCAGAGGUCGAUGCAGAAGAUGAACAAGGCAGGACGGCAUUAUCCUAUGCAUCGCAAAUGGACGAGGGCUUGGUGGUCAAACGUCUGCUCAAUAAAGGUGCAUCUGUUCAUGUACGCGAUCAUCACGGCAGAACACCGCUGUCAUAUGCAUCACUUCGUGGGCGCACGAAUUAUGUCGAGUUG